UCUUGUUUCUCACAGAGGGCGUCACACACACAGCCACUGAAGUCACGUCAAUGCACAAUGAACGCAACGCUCUGAAGUGUCCAGGGAUGGUUAAUUUGGAAGACACAUUUCUGUAGUGUUUCCUAAGUUUCGGAUACAAAGGAACUUUCCUCAAUAUCUGUGAUUGUCAUUUAAAUCGCCAUCAUGGGUGAUGUGAUUUCUACCAACCUGGACGAAGGCAAGCGGGAGAUGAUUACAGCCCGCACCAGUGCUGUGAUGGCAGAGUUUGAGAGGUUUUAUGAGCAGCAGUACGCCGUGGCUUUGUUCAACAGUGUGCGCUUUGAGAUUGAAGGAGGAGGCAAUAUCCAGACACAGCUACUACAUAGAAAGGACCCUCUGAAGAACAAGUCCAUCUUCUCCGGAGGUCUGUUUCAGUAUCUGGAAGAGAGCAAGAAAUGGAGAAGUCGCUUUUUGUACGUGGGAGACUCCUACAACAUCAGCUUGUAUGAGAGCAAAGCGGCACAUGAUCGAGGUCUACACUCCAAAGGGGUCAUUAACUGUGCCGGUUACAGAGCCCUAACCUCUAUGGAGGAAUACCUGGGGCUUCUCAACAAUAGCCUGAGUGAUGCAAAGGCCAAAGUGGCUAGUGCCCCAUUUCUGAAGUGCCCCACACAAUUUCCCAUCAUCUUGUGGCAUCCAUAUGCUCGUCAUCACUACUUCUGCGUGAUGACAGAGAAAGAACAGACAAAGUGGCAUGCCGUCUUCCAGGACUGUGUGAGACACACCAACAACGGACUGUCAGAAGAGUGCAAGGUGUCGACACCGGCUUUCACGGAUGCCCUACGACUCUACAGGCAGUUCAAGGGUCACUACGGCACCUGGGACUUGAUGUGUGGAGACCAAGCACAGAUUCUUGCUAACCUGGUGAUGGAGACUUUGCACCCUGAACUGAGGAAUCUGAUCGUACCUCGGCUGAAAGGAAAACUACAACAGCGACAGAAGGACUGGAUGCUGAUUUCAGAUGCAAUAUACAGACAGGUGUUGUCACAAACACGAACUCAACACAAAGCUCUGGUUCAGAUAUGUGAGGUGGAGCGCCCCCGUCUGGACGCUGCUUUACGUACAGAUAUGGACCAAAUCAUCACGUCCAAAGAGCACGUUUCCGGAAAGAUCCGCGCAUUGGUGUCACCCCGUGUUGAACAGCUAGUGAGGAGCAAGGUUCAGCCCUACAUCCACUCCAUCCUGGAGGCCCUCAUGGAGCCCACAAGCAGAGGGUUCUCUGAAGUGAGGGACAUCCUGUUCCGUGAGCUGGUGGAGGUCAGCAAGAACUCGAUGAACGACAGCAGCAAGGAGAAACUGGGAGAGCAUAUGGACAAGAUCUCCAUGUUGGCCUUCCAUCCGGUGAAGAUGCAGAGUUGUUAUGAGAAGAUGGAGACGUUGAACCUGGAAGGCCUCCAGCAGAGAUGUGACGUGUCCAGCCCUUCUGUGUUCAUCCAGAGAGCUCAGAUCCUCAUGAGACAGCAAAUGGACGACGCAGUGCACACAUUUGAGCAGUUGGUCCAUCAGAGUCUAGACGGUCACAGUGGGGAGGAUCUCUGCAAGAUAAUCCAGCGCUGUCAGGACCGAGUACUCAAAAAAUUUGACUAUGACAGCAGCACAGUGAGGAAGAAGUUCUUCAGAGAGGCUUUGCUUCAAAUCAUCAUACCAUACAUGCUGAAACAGCUUUCCCCGUCCUGUUCCACGGAUCUGCCCAAGUUCCAGGAGCUCAUCUUUGAGGACUUCUCUAGAUUCAUACUAGUAGAGAACAUCUUUGAGGAAGUGGUCCUGCAGUCAGUCUCCAAGGACAUCAUGAUGGCUGUGAAGGAAGCUGCGGUCCAGCGAAGGCACAACCUGUACAGAGACAGCAUGGUACUGACCAACAGUGACCUCAACCUGCACCUGCUAGGAGAGAACACCAUUGACUGGGCUGAUCAUUUCGGAGGAGUAAAAGGGGAGAAGCAAGGAGGCGAAGUGGCCAACAGGAAACGCAAACAAAUAGUCUCCAUGAUCCACCUGGACGGCAUGCCUUUGCCUUACGAGUCCUGCCAGGAAGUGCCGGGAGUGGACGGCAUCCCAGAGGAGACCGAAGGGCAGAUGGAGCAAGAUCUUGCAACAGAAAAGCCUUUGAACCCAGUGGAGCAUGUGCCCAUCAAGAAAGAACCAGGUUCUCCAGACAGCAUCAAUGAUAUUCGAGACCUCAUAAACCCUGUGCUGGAAGUUGUCAUCCCUGCUGAAAAAGAUAGCUCGCAAUUGACCAACGGGAUGUUUCCUUUGGAAGAGGGUGAUGAGGUGAAGCACAUCAUCUCAGUAAUGGAGACGGUGCCUAAGGUUGACGGAGAAUUAAAUACAAUGAGAAGCGAACAGACUUCAGAAGAGCAACAGUGUGUGUCCGCCAUUGAGAGCGCCAUUCAACAGAUCGAGAUCGCCAUCCAGGAAGACCCCGGCGAUCACCUGAGCGAAGGCGCCAUUGACUCUGAUGGGGAAUUUGCUCAAACCUCUACCAACUCUAGCCCUCAUCACCAUGAUGACAGUGGGUUUCAGUCUCCGGCCAAUGAGAAUGUAGAAGAAGUAGAGCCACAGCCACUCACAGGUGACGAGGUGGUGGACGCAGAACAGGUGGUGUUAACUCUGGUGGAGGGAGUGAAAACUCCUAGCGUGGAUUUUGACGUCAAAGCUCCUUGUGACGCUUCAGAAAAGAAAGCGGAAAUUGAAACCACAGCAGAUAGAUGCUUGCUUUGAGUGAGAUUUACAUGAAAACAUUUUUUAUAAACUGAAAGUGUUUGCUGAGGUACUUCUGUUUGUUUUCCAUCAGCAACGCUUAUGGUUGAUAUUUCAGCCUUGUUGGCGUUUAAUUUUUAUUUUAUUUUAGUUCUUUUAUUUUCUAUUCUUACAGUUAAUUUAGACAUUUUGGGGAUGUUUAUCAACGAGAAAUGUGUAUAUAUAUUGAAUAUUUUCAUAUAUACACAGAUUUAUGCCAAUUAUUUUAUGUUUUAUGUAACUCAUGACUCCCACACAAAUUAUGUGGUAGAGGUUUCAAAAAAACUGACUCCGUAUCAAAAACAAGUUCCAUUUCCUGUUCCUGUGCUCACUUCUUAGACUGCAGUUGGGUUGCGGGUGAUGUUAACCAGCAUGCCUUCACCCCUUGACAUCAGCGAGGUGGUUAGUAUUAUCUCAGAACUAAUGCAAAUGUAGUCCCUCGGAUCUGGCAAAUUAAAGCGGAUGCUCAAAAGUACAGUGAUAUUUUAUUUGGGCCAUCUUAAGAUUUUUGUUGCUGUUGUUUUCCGUUAACUGUGGAAUAUAUUUAAACACUAAUACCUGUAUUAAUGCAGCAUAAUUAAGCACUUAUGCAAUAACUAUGCAGAUUAAUUCAAAUAAAUUAAAGCUUGCUUCUUAA